UCGAGACGAAGCCGUAGACACCAACCACGCCUCAAACGGAGCCCGGACGAAGCCGCACGCGCCUCCCGAAGAUUCGCCUCGGCGCACGCGUGAAACACACGCGCCACCGCCGUCCGCCGGAGCCACCGCGAGUUCCGGCCACGCGCCGCCGUCUCCGACCAAAGUUCGCCGGAGCCGCCGUGACCGACCACCGUCCGUUCGCCGCCGGGAAGCUGCCGCCGCGUCGCCGCCUCGCCGCCGUCGCCGCCGUUGACUUUCCGAUUUGGAGUCCAUUUGAGCAGCUGGAGUUCAUAGAUACCACCUCUUAUUGUUGCUAAGAUGCCGCCAAGGAGAAGAACCACACGUGCCCAGACCGCCAGAGCCGUUAGAGACAAUGUGGAUGAGCAUGAGCAGCCCGCAGUUCCACCACCCGCGGCUCCACCAGUUGAUCAGGAUGCAUUGAGACAGAUGGUUCAGGAUGCCGCUAGACAGGCCGCUCAGGAGGCACUUCAGCAGAUUGCCCAGGAGGCAGCCAGGCAGGCCGCUCAGGAGGCCGCCCGAGUAGCUGCUCAGGAGGUUGCUCGUCAGAUGGCUGCCGUUCAGCAGGGACCGCAGAUUCAGGUUCAGCAAGUUCCACUGGUUCAUGUCCAACAAGAUCAGCAGAUUCCAGCUCAGCAUGAUCAUCAGGAUCCCGUUCAGCAGGUUCCCCUUCCACAGGUUCCUCUGCAGCAGGGUCCAGUUCAGCAGUUUGCUCAUGGUGUUCAGGAUCUACCGCCACCACCACCGCGACCUCAUGUUUACCCGGUUUAUAAUGAGAGGUUCUACAGGCUGACAUGUCAGAUGAGAAACAUGGAGAUGGAGCAUUUUAGCGGGACAGUGGAUGCUGUAGCUGCACACGAUUGGAAGUUAGCCUUGCAGCGGAAACUGGAGAUUAUUGAGUGUCCACCAGAGUUGUCGCUCAGAUUGACUAUGCAGUACCUUCGUGGAGAUGCUCUUAUAUGGUGGGAGGGAAUACGAUUGAGCCAUUUUGGGCCAGAGAGACUUACUUUCGCUGAUUUCAUUCGAGAGUUCGAUAGGAAAUACUUUCCGAAGGAAGCGAUGGAUAGGAAGAAGUGCGAGUUCGAGCAUGUAAGCCAGGGAGAGAUGUCUAUCAGGGAGUAUGAGGUUGUGUUCAACCAACUUCGCAGAUUUGCAGGAGUGGGCAUUUCAGAAGAAGACUUGAUUAGAAAGUUUUUGAGUGGGAUGCGAGUGGAGAUUCGUAACAGGUGUCGCGUAGUCACUCACCACCGGUUGGGAGAUUUGGUGGAGAAAGCUGCCGAGCAGGAGGCAGGCUUGGCGGAGGAGAAGGAACUCGCCAAAGCAGUUCAUGUUAAGUCUGGAAAAGCUCCAGAGUCUCAAAGGAGAGCAGGGGACCCGUCGGGAUUACCGAUAUGUCCUCGUUGCCAUCGCAGUCACAGUGGGCAGUGUAUGAGGUGUCUUACUUGCGGUAGGAUUGGACACAUUGCGAAGUUUUGUCGAGCUAGGCCAUUGGAUACGCCACCAGUCAGACAGAUUGCAGCACCAGCAGCACCAGCAGCGGCACAUGUUUGCUUUGGCUGUGGUCAGCCAGGUCACUUCAUCAGAGAUUGCCCAAGGAAGGGCAAUGCGGCACUUCCACCACCACCGAAGCGUCUAGCCAUCGCUCCACGGGUGUUUGCGGUUGGAGAUCCCAAGGAGUUGAGAUCGGUUUUAGUUGGAGGAGAGUCAGCUUAUACCUUAUUCGACACUGGAGCCUCUCAUAGUUUUGUGAGUCCGCGCUUAGUCCAGUCUUGGUCUUUUCGGGGAGUCUUUGAACCGAAGGCUAAGCAGAUCCAGACUGCCGGCACGGAGAAGUUGGGUGCAGUUGGCAUUCAUCACGAUGUACCAGUUCUACUUGGAGGAGUCGAGUUGCUCGGAGAUUUGACGGAGAUGGAGAUGAGCUCCUACGAUGUCAUACUUGGGAUGGAUUGGCUGUCGCGACAUCGAGUAGUCUUGGAUUGUCCGAAGGCAAGAGUUAAUAUCCCUAGAGAAGGAGGAAAGAUCAUUUGCGAGGGAAUUCAGACACACCGGGAAAUUCCUAUCGUCUCCAUGUUGCGUGCAGAAGAAUUAUUGGAAAGUGGAGCAGAGGGAUUUUUGGCAACCAUUUCGAUGGUUAAGGAGGACGGUCAGCAGAAGCUGCAUGAUAUACCAGUGGUCGCCGAGUACGAGGAUGUUUUGAGCCUUUAA